AACAGAAGCGCGAGCCGAGCACGUGAUCACCACCAGGAAGUGGAGACAUAAACAGAGAGCGACCUGCUCUUUAAUUUUGAGUUCUCUGUGUUUUUCUUUCCUUGCUUUUCCUUCCUUGCGCUUCAUAGCGCUGCACGGUUGACCAUGUCGUCGCACCAGACCAAGGAGUCCAGCUUCCUGGGAGGGAGGAUCCCCCCUGAGGUCGAAUCCAUGUCCAGAUAUCUGAAGGAUGCAUCGUUAACGUUAGACCAAGACACGUUUAGGAAAAUACUGAAAGCUCUGGUGAGCAGCAUAGAAGGCCGAGACUGCCGGGAGGUGAUGAGACACAUAGCGGAGAGCAGCGUGAUCCCAGAGGAGAAGCUCAGUCACAUCGUGGCGGGGAUGUACCGCGUGCUGACGGAGGCCAUCCGCAUCCCCACCACCUCCCUAAAACAGGAGGCUUUCAAAGAAGAUCUUCGAGAAUUGAGGAUACCUGAAGACUUUAUCACAGAUUUUGCCAGUGUGGUGUUUGGAAGCCGUCGUGCAGCUUUGGAGGCUGUGACAUCCGAACGUGACCCUCACCUACCCACUCUGGAUGAGCUGCGCUGGCGCGUGGACGUCACCAUCUCUACCAGUUCCUUAGCCAGAGCUCUUCAGCCAUCGGUCCUGAUGCAGAUAAAGCUAUCUGAUGGGAGUCUGCAGCAAUUUGAGGUUCCUGUCUCCAAGUUCCAGGAGCUUCGCUACAACGUUGCUCUGAUCCUGAAGGAGAUGAACGACUUGGAAAAGAAAAGCGUCCUCAAGAUCCAGGACUGACCACGGCACACUUCAGUCCCACAACAAUCCUUAUUAUCUUGUUUAAGGCUGAACACUUCCUUCAAUCUAUUAUAGAAUUGUCACAUAGCAUUGAAGUAAUUCUGUGGAAUUUAACUGUCUUUAAACAGUUCAAUACCCCCUUGUUAUGCAUUUUAAAUGAAUUAUAAAUGGAUGGGUGUGUAUCAGUUACGUCAUAGGAUGAUGAGCUCGGGUGAGCAUACUGUGUUAUAGUUGGCUCAUCUGAAUUUUCUAGGACAAAAAAAACACACUUUUACAAUUGUGUCAUAUCCGUAUAGGUGUUGUUAUGAUGCAAACAACAACAAAAGGUUUGAUGUAUAAAAAAAUACAAAAAUAAACUAAUUACAAAAGAAUGCCCCAUGUUGUUACCCUAGCGCCAUGUUGUA